GCACUGUCAAGCACUUCCUUUUUCUUUUCGGCCAUUUUCCGCCCCGUACGGGAAAUAGGUAAACAUGGCUCCUAGCCGGAAUGGAAUGCUCCUGAAUCCUCAUUUCCAUAAAGACUGGCAGAAGAGGGUGCGCACCUGGUUCAACCAGCCCGCAAGGAAGAUCCGCAGGCGAAAGGCCCGUCAGGCCAAGGCCCGUCGCAUUGCUCCUCGUCCUGUAGCUGGACCCCUCAGACCACAGGUCCGGUGUCCCACCAUCAGGUAUCACACCAAGGUGCGUGCCGGACGUGGCUUCACCCUGGAGGAGCUCAAGGCUGCAGGUAUCCACAGGAAAACAGCACGCACCAUUGGCAUCUCUGUAGAUGCCCGCCGCCGUAACAGAUCCACCGAGUCUCUGCAGGCCAACGUGCAGCGCUUGAAGGAGUACCGCUCCAAGCUCAUCCUCUUCCCCAGGAAGACCUCCGCACCCAAGAAGGGAGACAGCACUGAGGAGGAACUCAAGAUGGCCACCCAGCUCACUGGUGCUGUCAUGCCCAUCAGAAAUAUUAACAAGAAGGAGAAGGCCAGGGUGGUGUCUGAGGAUGAGAAGAACUUCAAGGCUUUCGCCAGCCUGCGCAUGGCGCGCGCCAAUGCUCGUCUCUUUGGCAUCCGUGCCAAGAGGGCGAAGGAGGCAGCUGAGCAGGAUGUGGAGAAGAAGAAAUGAGCAAAGCGUUAGUUUCUAUGGAACUUGCAAAAAUAAAAAAAACUUACAAAA